GCCUGAUUUAUUCCCGUGCGGGGGCCGGAAUGAGAACCCCGCGGUGUGCACGGCCGAAGCGCCCGGUCCCGUGCCCGCAUCCCCACGGCAUGCCGGGCCCCCGCCUGCUGGCCGCGCUCUGCGGCGUGCUCCUCUGCGCCUCGGGACUCUUGGCCUUCUCCGGUGACUUCUGUGACUCUAGCCAGUGCCUGAAUGGUGGGACCUGCCUGUUGGGCCGGGACAACACCCCUUUCUACUGCCUCUGCCCUGAAGGCUUCACAGGCAUCAUCUGCAAUGAGACCGAGAAAGGUCCUUGUAAUCCAAACCCCUGCUACAAUGAUGCUGAAUGCCAGGUGAUCAAGGACGAACACCGGGGGGACAUCUUCACCCAGUACGUCUGCAAGUGCCCUCAUGGCUAUACAGGUGUCCACUGUGAGAUCACCUGCGCCAUGCCGCUGGGCAUGGAGACGGGUGCCAUUUCCGACUCGCAGAUCUCUGCCUCGUCUGUGUACUUGGGCUUCAUGGGUUUACAGCGCUGGGCCCCGGAGCUGGCCCGCCUGCACCGCACAGGCAUUGUGAACGCUUGGACAGCCAGCAACUAUGACAAGAAUCCCUGGAUCCAGGUGAACCUGGUACGGAAGAUGUGGGUGACAGGCGUGGUGACACAGGGUGCCAGCCGAGCAAGCAACGCCGAGUACCUGAAGACUUUCAAGGUGGCCUACAGCCUCAAUGGACGCAAGUUCCAGUUUAUCCAGAGCACAGAGGGGUCAGGAGACAAGCUGUUUGUGGGUAAUACGGACAACAGCGGCCUGAAGGUCAACCUGUUUGACUUCCCUCUGGAGGUGCAGUAUGUGCGGCUGGUGCCCAUCACCUGCCACCGGGGCUGUACCCUCCGCUUCGAGCUCCUUGGAUGCGAGUUGAAUGGAUGUGCUGAACCCCUGGGCAUGAAGGACAACACCAUCCCCGACAGGCAGAUCACGGCCUCCAGCAUCUACAGGACCUGGGGCCUGAAUGCCUUCAGCUGGUAUCCCUUUUACGCGAGGCUGGACAAGCAGGGCAAGUUCAACGCCUGGACCGCCCAGACCAAUGAUGCCUCUGAGUGGCUGCAGGUUGACUUGGGCACCCAGAGGCAAGUGACGGGCAUCAUUACCCAGGGGGCCCGAGACUUUGGCCACAUCCAAUAUGUGGCAGCCUACAAGGUGGCCUACAGUAACAACAGCAUGAACUGGACUGAGUACAGGGACCAGGGGGCCUUGGACAGCAAGAUCUUCCCUGGCAACUUGGACAACAAUUCCCACAAGAAGAACAUGUUUGAGAUGCCCUUCCUGGCUCGCUUCGUGCGCGUCCUGCCUGUAGCCUGGCACAACCGCAUCACCCUGCGUGUGGAGCUGCUGGGCUGCUAGCGGUAGGCCCGGCCUGCGCCCCCCGAAGGGCCGCCGGGCGCCUGCCCUCACCUGGCCCUCCUGGCCCUCUGUUGGCCUGUGGCCUUCUCCACCCCACCUCCUGAUUGUAGGUGAUGGGGGAAGGGGAGGCAGGGGUUUCAGUCACCUCCCCUCUCCCCUCAUUCGCCCCUCCCCCUCCUUCCCCUCCCCCUCCC